AUGAUGGAUUUACAAGAGACUAUUGAAGCAUAUAAACGAUCUGAAUUGAAUCAAAAUGACACAUCUUUAAAAAAAGAACAUGAAUCAAUUCCAAAAAGUCCUAUUUUUUUAAAAAAAGUACCUUUAAAUUCAAUAUAUACAAAGACGUUACAGAAUGAUUCAUCGAUUAAAGCAGGAUCAAAUUCUUUAAAUGAUGAUAAUUUUAAACAAAGAACUCUUCCAUUUAGCUUAUCUGGUAUAGUGAAAAAACACAAUUAUCUAAAUAGUUUAUCUAACUACGAAGAUAUUUCUAAACAAGAAGAUCUUAUGUACAAUAAAACAAUAUUAAAAGAGAAAAAUAGCAAAAAAAUUCCAGAAAAUAAUUUUGAAGUUUGCAUUCAUGAAAAAACUCCUUCUAAGUUUUUGAAUUUCACUAAUCAUUUACAUAAUUCUCCUCUUUUACAAGGAAAUGUUGCAAUGGAAUCUCAGUUGUCAAUAUCUAAAAAUCCAUGGAGGAAUAAAUUAUCAGGUUUUUCACCUCCUACAAAACGUAAAAAUAUGGCUAUAGAGUCUUCUGAAAAUGGUGAUUCUAUAGUUUUUACUGGUACUGAAAAUUCACUUGUCGAUUCUACAGACAUAUUUUCUAAUACUAAAAAACAAAAAAUAUUACAACCAAAUUUUAAUCAACUAAAUAUUCCUUUAGCUAAUAUAGGAAAUAUUUCUAAAGAUUCUUCAAAAUUUAACCAAAAAAAAAUAAAUGUUUCAGAUCAAAAUAAUGGAGGAGUAGGUUUACUUUUUUCUGGUCUAGAAAAGAAUGCUGAAUUAUUGCACACAAAUUCUCAGCUUUUAUCUAUAAAGCAAAAAACGAAAGAUGUAAAAUCCAAAUUUUUUGGAUUUCAAAAGUUUUUAGACGGAUUAGGUCGAGAUCAUAAUUCUCUUCAUAAAGAAAUUAUAAAAUGGUCAAAUGAAAUAAAAUCAUUUCAAACAGAUAUUAUAAAAUCACGCGAAAGUUUACAAGGAAUUAUACAUCAAUGCGAGGUUUUAACUCGUCAAGGAAAACUAAAUUCUAAAGUUCAUAAACAACUUGGUGAAGUAAAAGAGGAGUUAGUAAAACAGAAUAUGUAUCGCAAAAGUCUUCAAGAAAAAAAUUUUAAAGAUGCUACCCUUCUAGCUGAAGAACGAGAUAAGGUUCGGUUUCUAGAAAAUCAAUUAAUAAGUGAAAGAAAAGAAAAAGAUAAUCAAUAUAAUAAAUUUUUAAAAGAACAUGAAUUUUUUGAAAGAUUAUUGCAAAAUUUUUAUGAAGAAACUCAGAAAAAUGAAAAUACUUUAAAAAACAUUUUUACACGAUGGUCUGAUGAAGUAAAAACAAUGGAACAUAACAUUUUACAUGAAAUUAGUCUGAAUUUUCAUGCUGGAUCAAAUAUUUUUGAUCCUUUUUUGAAAGAAAUUCGAGAAAAAUGGCAAAAAUAUUCAAAAGAAUCUCUUUCUAUCUAUUCUGAUAUUAAAAACUUUCAUUCAAAUAUUCUUUCUUCUAAUAACAAACGUAUUGAGGAUUUGGAAAAUAAUAUAAAGCAAGCAAAUAUAAUAAUAAAAGAAAAAGAAGAAUACGAAUCUGUUAAAAAAACAGAUGAUUUUGUUCAAUUAGCUAAAUCGUUUCAAUUAGAAAUAGAAGGGUUGAAAAUACAUCUUGAAAAAUUUAAAACAGAUUUUGAAAAGCCAUUUCAUUUAAAUAAUAAUAAUAAUAAUGAAAACUAUUUAGAUAAAUUUCAAAAUAUUAAAGAGAUUUCUGAAAAAUUAAAGAUUACUGAAAAAAAUCAUGAACAAUUGUCUAAUGAAAAUAUUAAACUUCAAAAUAUUAUUAAAGAUAUGAAACAGGAAUUAAAAGUAUCUAAGGAUGAAUGUGAUUCUUUAAAGAGCAAAAUGAUAAAUUUAGAAAACUCAAAUUCUCUGUUUAUGGAUCUUUCUAAUAAUAAUGAACUUAAAAAACAAUAUGAAAAAGAAAUUGCUGAUUACGAGAGGCGUGUUCUAAAGUUAAAAGAAACCGAACAGGCGAAGUUUGAUAAUAUAAUAAAAUCUAAAGAUAAUAAAAUUAAUAAAUUGGAAAAAGAAAUUUUACUUUUAAAAUCUUUAAAUAAUGAUAAAAAUAAUAUAGAUGAUAAAUUGUCUUAUAAGGAGAAAUUAAUUUGUAUGGUUGGAUUGGAAAAAGCAGAAUUAAUUGAAAAAAUUGCAGAUCAAGAUAAUACAAUAAAUUCAUUGAAAUUCGAAAUAACAAAAUUGCUUAAGAAUAAUUUUUCUGAUGAUAUUAAUAAAGACUCGCAAAAAAUUCGAAUUUCUCACUCAAGUAAUAGGAUAAUUCAUCAAACUCCUGGAAAAUCAAAUAAUCCAUCUAAAAUAAAUAUUAAUACUCCUAUUCAUUUAGUAUCUCAAAUAAUAUCUCCUCCUAGUGAAAAUAAAAUAAAAAGAGUACAUUCUAGUUCUUUAGAAUACGUAAAUAAUGAAAAUAAAAUCAAUUCCAGACUUACAAAAAAUAUUGAAAAUUGUUUAAGAGAUGAAACUGUUGCUGGUAAUCUAGAGUCUUUGAAUGAUGAUCUUGUUUCCGCUUUUAUUGAAGUACCUAAAAAAUUAUUAAACUCACCUAGUCAGGAAGAUCACUCAUUAUUGGAAAAAAUUGAUUCUCCUUUAGUCUUUUUUGAUAAUACUGCUAAUACUCAACACAAAAGUCUUGGCUCUGCACAAUUAGUUUCACAAUCUCUAGUGUCUUCAGGAAAAGAUAACAAGAAAAGUAUUAUAAAUAAUAAUAAUGUUUACAAAAAUUAUAAAGAUGAAAACAUUGAAACUAUUACUCCCGAACAUUUAUCUCUAGAUGCUAAUAGUUCAAAGAAUAUAGAAAAUGGAUUAAGGAAGAAGAAUCAAGAUAAACAGAAAAUUUCAAAAAAAGCACAAAAUGAAUAUUCUAAUAAUGAUACUAAUUUUUGGCUUACUGCACAAUUAGGAAAUUCAACAGACCAAAAAAGCUAUUCAACUAGAAGCAUUACUAACACAUAUAAGAAAAAAAAAAAUGGUAAAUAUUUAUAA